GCAGUGAGGGAUUCGGGCCUUCAACGUAGGGAGCCAAUCGUGAGCUUAAUGGAUACCGGUAUUAAAGCCGAACAUCCUGAGUUCGAUGGGAGACUUCUCAAGGGGAUUAACCUUGAUGGGCUACGUGGAGAGGAUGACGCGGAUCUCCACGGCCACGGCACAGCAAUGGCUGGUAUCAUUGCGGCUAAUUCGAACAACGGCGAAGGUAUCAGUGGGAUCGCCGAUAGAGUUAAAAUACGAUCGAUAAGGAUGUCUUAUAAAGAGGGAGUUGCUCCUGUUGAU